AUGCCAAGGUUUAACACCUAUCUUAUUUUCUUUAAAUUCCGUCUUAUCACGUUUCACUCUAAAAUUCAUUGUUUUAGAGAGAUAAUUACUUUACAGGUUGGACAGUGUGGAAAUCAGAUCGGCACCGAAUUUUGGAGCAAGUUGUGCUCUGAGCAUGGAAUCAGCAAAUCGGGCUCCUUCAAUGAAGUCGCUGAAUCUUCUCCGGGGAUAGAUAGGAAAGAUGUAUUUUUCUAUCAGGCUGAUGACAACCACUACAUUCCGCGUGCUCUGUUACUAGAUCUUGAACCACGUGUGAUAAAUGGGAUAAAGAAUUCGGAUCAUAAGAGGCUUUUUAAUAAUGAAAAUAUGUACGUGUCGCAGCAAGGUGGAGGAGCAGGUAAUAAUUGGGCAAGCGGAUAUUCACAGGGAGCAAGUGUAGAGAAUGAGAUUAUGGAUAUGAUAGAUAGAGAAGCAGAUGGUAGCGACAGCCUGGAAGGAUUCGUGAUGUGCCACUCAAUAGCUGGCGGUACAGGUUCAGGGCUGGGUUCUUAUAUCCUUGAGGCCCUCGGUGAUCGAUAUGGCAAAAAACUGGUUCAAACAUACAGUAUUUUCCCCAAUCAGAAUGAAAUUAGCGAUGUAGUUGUGCAACCCUACAAUUCUCUUUUAACUUUGAAAAGAUUGAUUUUGAACAGUGACAGCGUGGUUGUUCUCGAUAAUACUGCAUUAAAUCGAAUUGCGGAGGAAAAAAUGAAAAUUGAUAAUCCUACAUUUUCGCACACGAACUCCCUGGUCUCUUCUGUAAUGGCGGCGAGCACGACUACGCUGAGAUAUCCUGGAUACAUGAAUAAUGACCUGUCACUGGUACCUACACCACGAUGUCAUUUUUUGAUGACAGGGUACACUCCGCUGAGCUCGUAUGCACACGGGUUGAACGCGACACGCAAGACCACGGUGCUAGAUGUCAUGAGACGAUUAUUGCAGGCAAAAAAUAUUAUGGUAUCAUCAAAUAUCAGAGAACAAGAAUUUGAAGAGAGUAAAUAUAUAUCAAUCUUAAACGUGAUUCAGGGAAAUGUAGAUGCAUUUCAGAGUCUACAAAGAAUUCGGGAGAAGAGACUGAUAAAUUUUAUUGAUUGGGGUCCAGCAAAUAUCCAGGUUGUCGUGUCCAGAAAGUCACCGUACGUCCAAACAUCACAUCGUGUGAGUGGAAUGAUGCUGGCAAAUAACACAUGUAUUCGUCACCUAUUUAAAAGCUGCCUAAGUCACUACGACAAGCUUAUGCGUAGAAAAGCGUUCCUUGAUCAAUAUGAGAAAUAUGAUAUGUUUCGAGUAUGCUUUAUCAUUUUUCCCUACAUCAUAUAA